UAAUAUCUGUGAGAUUGUGAGUAGGUUUAGCGGUAGGCCGUUAAAGCAGGGUGCCUAAACAACCCUAACGAGAGUUUCUCGUUACAAGUGUACUCAAAACAGUUGUUUGGUUUCAUGCAAUGCUACCACCCAAUUCCAAUGGAUAUAAGAGCCGUUUAAUCCGUCCAAAAACAGUAUUUAUAAUUGCUGCUUUGGGCUUGCUGAUAUAUAGCUUCAGUCUUAGAGGUAACUUUGAUGGCGAUUUAUUUAUCCAACAUUAUCAACAUUUAAGCUCUAAGUUCAAUGUCAAACCGUUGGUAACGAAUUGGUUGAACCGAACUAUAAGGUUACACGGUCCGUUGAAAAAGUUACUGACUCAAGUUUAUGAUGACGAAGAACAACGUUCUGUUGAAAACGGAACUUACAGUACAGACACGGGUGGCUCUUUGAAUACACCACCCACAAAGGAAGGCAGUCCUUCAGUCAAUACACAAUCGUUAAUUGUCAAUCAAAUCUUAACAACUUCUGCGUUUAAGGCUUUAACGUCGAAAAUAGGUAAUGUGGAAGCAGAAACAACAGCAGCAGUACAACCUACAACAAAAACAACCACAAUAACACCUACAACAACAACAAUUAUAACAGCAUCAACAAAAGCUAUAGCAGCAAAGGCACCAAGCACAACAGUAAAGGCAUCAACAACAACAACAACAACAGCAGCAGCAAAAGUAAAAGCAACAAAAUUCCAAUCAACACUUGAUAAAACCGAUUUUGUUAAAACCGCAAGUCCAACAUGCGCGUCAUGGAGAACUGGAAUAAACUGGUCUAAACCAGUUAAACCAACUGUUCAUUUGAACUCGGAAAAGUAUCUGUACCCUGGAUUAAUAUGGGGACCUAACAAUCAAAUUGUCGGCUUGUGGCAAUCGAUGUAUCUUGCCAUACGACUAAACAGGACACUGAUAUUGCCUUACUUUCACUCCCAUUUCACAAACGGAGGGGAAAAACGUGUGACGCCUGAUGAACGCUUAGAUGGUGAGAAGAUACGUCAGUUCAUGAGCACUAUUUCUGUGGAAGAGGCGAAUAAAAGAUGUGGGGGGUCAUUUGAUGUCGCUUUACAGGCAAUGUCAAUUCGUUGGGUGGAAACGAGGCAAUUUGAAUUAGACACAGACAUGAAGGUCUUUAAUCCAACUAGAAAUCGAACUUACUCUGGAUCUACAAGACUCAGACUUAAUGAUAAUGAUGUUAAACCACCUCCCAGUAUACCUACCUUUCCAGGAGAAAACUACACAGUAACCUACCAACCGUGGCUUACUUCUGAUAAAUCAACGUUGUUAAAAGCUUACUCAACUUCGGCCGAAUGUGCGGUGUACGUCGGGCCAUUCUUUACCAUUCGCAUUGGUUUAAAAGACAACAUUGCAUCCCCUUUGCCAGCGAAUUUGAGUGGCGUCAUUUCGUAUGACGAAAUUCCUGAUGACGUCAUGUACUCGGCUGUUGUGGACGCAGUUCGACGCCCAUUGUGUAUAGAAGAAGCAGCGAAGGCGUAUAUCGAAGAAACUUAUAACAAUGAAGAAUAUGCGGCAAUACAUUGGCGAUAUGACAAAAAGGAUUGGGGUAGAAGGUGCGAAGGAGUUACCUCGGAUGCAUGUACAAUAGUACAAAAUGUGACUCCUGCGCAUUUAGCUACGGCUAUCGUUAGUGAAAUACGAGCUGCAGAGAACAGAACGUUUAAAUACGCUUAUAUAGCAACGCCGCCCGCAAUAAGAGACUUUCGAGAUGAAGCACUGAGUGAGAUCGUCAAACAAAACCCUGACUUUAUUAACACAAAAGGAGAUAUAACGACGUUUUUAACCACUCGGUAUGAAAGUUGUUGGGAAAACGGGAGAUGGGAAAAUCUGGGGGAAAUUGUGUCUCUUGUUGAGAUGGAACUAAUGCGUAAUAGCCAAUGGUUUUUUCACUCCUUAGGCUCCACAUGGUCAAGUAACGUAAGGCCCAUAAGAUUAAAAUCAUCCACAGAUGGUGUUUUUGUAAGAAAGUUUGAAGUUUCCGUUCUUGAUGCUGUAUCAAAAGUACAGAAAAUUAACGUCGAUAUUAAUUAAAUAUAUAGUAGGGUGGGGUAAGAUUGGACACCUUUAGCAUAUCA